UCUCUUGUAGAAUAACCGAAAGAUACUAUUCAUGCUCUCAACAUUUGGAAUGGAAAAGGAAAAUAAAGAAAAGAUUAAAGAUUAAAAUAAAUGACAAUAAAAAUUAAUAAUAUAAACAAGAAACUUGAAUACUAUAAUUUUCUCGAAAACAAUAUCUAUUAUGCAAAAUCUCCUUGCAGAAGGUAUGCAUAAAAUCGAUCGAUUGUAAUUUACCGCAAUCGUUACACAUUAUACUAUUAUUAUUGUAAAAAAAUAACACUAUGAAAAUACGAGAAAGAAAAAUAAUUGCGUAAAUAAUAUAUCAAGCCGAGGUAUAGUAAUAAUUCUUCCAGUUCUACAUGACAGUCGAUAUCUGACUAGAAAUAUGGACGUGUUCAACAAACACUAUCAUAGUUAUAGUACUGUGUUGAAAAUCAUUGGACUAUGGCCGUAUAAUAACUCAGUCUAUGUGUGGAUUCAAAGAUUAUGGAUAUCGGCAUUAUUUCUUGGCAAUAUAAUAAUUCAGAUAGUGUCACUUAUAAGAUCUGAAAUUACGUUACGAAACUGUAUUUUAAUAUUUUCUACGACUUGUCCACUUAUAAUAAUUUUGUUACGAUAUAUAAGUUUUAUAGUAUUUUUUCCUAUGAUAAAAUAUUUAUUUCGUCAUAUAUGUAUGGAAGAAAGUAUAAUACAAGAUUCAAUAGAAAUACAGAUACGAACGAAAUACAUCGAUGAUUCUUGUCAAAGGAUCGAUUUAUAUUUCCGUAUGACUUUUUUAACUGUUACAUUAUUUUGUAUAUUCUUAUUGUAUUUUUUAAUAAUGCAUUGCAUAAUGCCUUUGAACGAAUCUUAUAUACGUAUCCUUCAUUACGUUACAUUAUUUUCUGUCAAUCGAAUAAUAUAUUUUUAUAUUUUAUGCUUGGAUUUUUUAUUUGUUCUUACAUUUGGAUUAUUAUCUGUAAUAUGUACGGAAUCAAUAAUCGGAAUUUAUAGUUAUCAUACAGGCAUGUUAUUUAAAAUUAUUAGCCAUCGAAUACAAAAGAUUAUUACGUAUUUAGCUAUAUUUAAUCUCUCAUCGAAGCAAAUUGAUUCGAAACUCAUAGAGAUUUAUCACGUGGUGGAUAUUCAUAAUCGAGCUAUCAAACUUAUCAAUGUUUUAAUAAAUAAUUCAGGACAACAGUUUAUGAUGUCCGCUCUUCUAGUUGUAAUUUCAAUGGCUAUAAGUCUGCAUCGAGUAGUAAAUGCGAUUACAAUUAAGAAGGAUCAAUUAGAAAUUUUAAUCUCUCUUAUAAUUUUUGCCAAUCAUUUGGUGAUUAUGUUUUCAUGUAACUAUAGUAGUCAGAUUCUUAUGAACAAUAGUGAAGAAUUUUUUCAUGAAUUAUAUAUUCCUGCAUGGUAUUUUAUACCGUUAAAAGUACAAAAGAUUUUAUUAUUUAUUAUGAUACGAAGCUCAAAGGCAUGUGUACUUCACAUUUUUGGUGUAUUCGUUCCAUGCUAUGUAGGAUUUACAGCGAUGUUGAGUACUUCGUUCUCAUAUUUUACUUUGAUAUACUCGAUACAAUAGAAUUGAUAAUAUCAUAUUAAAUAUAUUAUAUUGAAAUAAACAAUUAUUAUUACUCUGUA